UUUAUCAGCAAUAAGUAACACGGUAAGAUAAGAACGACUUUUGAUUUAAAAUUUUUAACUAAUUCGCUGGGCCACUAUUUUUGAUCAGGCAGUUACGGUUAGUGAGAAGCUAGUUGAGCUGAAAAAUUUAUACGUAUUUCGAUCUUCCUAUUUUGGAGUUUUCCCAAAAAUCCAAUGGUCUUCCCCAAAGUUUCGGGAAAUGGCACAAACCCACCGAAAUUCCCUCAAAACGGAUAACACAAUUUUCGUUUAUUACUUCUAGGGAGGCUGAGUUAUUUUUUAAAGUGAUUGUUUACAGGUGUUGUUAAGCUAAACAACAGUGGUCCAGACCACUGUUUUUCGUUUAUUUAUUCACUAUUGAUAAUUUUGGUAAUAUUUUUUGAACCCUCAUUGUUUUGUGUAAAGUUAUUUUUUUGGAUGCUUUAUUGUGACAGGGUUACGGGUCUGUUUUAAAUAUGGCGGAGAAUCUAAGUACUAUUCUUUCUGAAAUCACUACUUGCAAAUCACCAAAAGAAGCUACGGAAAAGUUUUCAAACUUGCUCAAAUCUCUUCCUCAGUCUUCCGAUAGUUUACUAGCUGAUAUAACUACAAUCGUCAACACAAUUUCUCAGGAUAUGGUGACAGUUAUAGCGGCCAGGAAGUUUUGUGAUGAACUUAUAAACUUUGUGAAUCAAGUUCCUGAUAAUUCUUUAGCGAUUAGUGCAUUGCAAAUUCUACUUUCUCGAAUGCAAUCAAGAAAUAUUGCUUUUGAAUCUCAAUUGGUUGAACUACGUGAUUCACUUUCUAAGCGAUUAGAAGCUGUGGGAAACCUUCGCGAAGCCGCUACUGUUUUGUCUGAUAUACCAUUAGAGAGUGGACAACGAGUCUAUGGAGUAAAUUAUAAAUUGGACAUCUAUUUGAGAAUAGCCGAAUAUUUCUUGAAAAUUCAUGAAAUUCAAGAAGCUGAAGUUUUUGUAAAUCGGGCAUCUUUGCUGCAACCGGAAUGUCAGAAUCAGCAACUGUUGGUUCGGUACAAGAUAGCCUAUGCACAUUUAUUGGAUUUAAAGCAAAAAUUCCUCGAAGCUGGUCAACGUUAUGCUGAAUUGUCCAUAAGAUUUCCAUGGCUUGAUGAUUCCGAGCGUUUGGCCUUUAUAGAACGUGCGUUAGCAGCUGCCUUACUUUCAAGUGCUGGUCAACAACGUUCUAGAUUAUUAGCUACUUUAUAUAAAGAUGAACGGUGCCAAACUUUCGAUGCCUAUCCAAUUUUAGAAAAUAUGUUUAUGGGACGUUUAAUCAAUCGUUCAUCACUCUCCAGUUUGGAGCCUUUGCUUAAGAAAUAUUAUCCUCAUUUAUUACAGUCUUCAUUACAAGAUUUUUCGGGAAUAACUUCAAGUAUUCAAGAUCAGUCGGGGAAAUUAUCAUCCAUAACUUCAUCUUCUGUACAAAAACUGCUUGAACGAGCUUUAAUUGAACAUAACAUGUUAGCUGCCAGUCUAAUCUAUAAUAAUAUCAGUUUGGAGAAUUUAGGUCUUCUUUUGGAAAUAUCUGCAAGUGAGGCUGAAUCUAUCGCCUCUCAAAUGAUUAGUGAAGGAAGAUUAAUUGGUAAACUUGAUCAAAUUGAUGGUGUUAUUCAUUUUGAAAGCAGAGAUCCUGGUGUUUCAUCUUGGAGUAUGCACAUUCAAAGUUUAUGUACAGCUGUUAAUCGUAUAGUUGAAGAUAUUGAAGUUGCACAUCCUGAUUGGGUUCAUUCUCAUUUGAAUUCCAGAAUGGUUAUAGAUCCACCAGUAUGA